AAACAAAAACGUAUCUUAAAAAUGAUCGUGUUACCGAAAUCAGUGAUAAUUUUCCUCGCGAUCCAGAAUUUUCAAUAACGAAUAAACGAAUUCACCCAUCCAUCUGUAAAGAUUUGACGUGGACAGAACAAUGGAUUAGUACAGGUGCCUUUGAAUCAACCAAAUACCAAGAACCAUGCGACUGGAUACUAUUUGACAUCGUAUAUACAUGGGUGAAUGGUAGUGAUGAUUAUUAUAAAAUGAUGAAAGAAACUUAUGAACAGAAAUCUAAAAUAAUGGUCCUAGAACGUUAUUAUCGCAAUUAUGAUGAGUUGCGUUAUUCUAUAAGAUCAGUUGAAACCUUUUUUAAGAAUUAUAUAAAUAAGAUUUAUAUUAUCGUUACGGACCUUGAAGGUGGAAAGAUGCAGAUUCCCACUUGGUUAAAUACAGCUUGGAAAAAUCCCAGAACUGGAAUGAAAAGGAUUGAAAUCAUCAAACAUUCUGAUAUAUUCACCGACAUCACUGUGUUACCGACUUUUAAUUCUUUGGCAAUUGAAAGCCAAAUUAUGAAUAUUCCAAAUCUUUCUGAUCAAAUCAUAUAUUUUAAUGAUGAUUUAUUUUUAGGACAAUAUUUAACUCCAAGCGAUUUUUGGACACCAUUAUACGGACCGGUAUUUCAUAUAGAACCACAACUGCUUGUUUCACCCAAUGAGGAAGGACGGCCUAUUGAAGUUGGUGAAUGGUACGCUUUGCAUCAUACUAAUAAACUACUUAGUGAAAGAUUCGGUUAUCGGCACAGAGCGUAUGUUUCUCACUCAACUCAUACUCUAUCAACGUCAAUUUUAAGAGAAAUCGCUGCCGAAUGGCCUCAAGACUUUCAUGACACAUCAUCUCAUCGUUUCCGUGGAGAAUUACUAGACAUUCAUACUACAUUCUUGUUCACACAUUAUGUUAUAGAAAAACAUCGAGAAAGUUUAUUAAAAAGUUUUUUAAUAUGGAAAAUGGAUAAGAAUCAUAAUGGUCGUUGGGAAUUAUCAGAGCGCCAGGAAAUCUUGAAAGCUAUUAGAACCGGUAAAGUUCGUAAAACUGAGCGUAAAUCAUUAACUAAUUAUUCAAAAAUUCUUAAUGACGCAAAUCUUUUUCUUCCAUACGAAACAUCUUAUAUUUGGUCAAGUAUGGAUGGAUAUCCUAAUUUGAAUCCACGAUCAAAUUUUUAUGAUACAAAAUGUAAAAUGGAUUUUAAUUAUUGUUUUGGAAAAGAUUUUAUGGAUAAUAAUACGGGUAGCGUUCCUAUAGAUAAAAUUUUUCGUGAGCUAGCUUUUAAUAAAUAUGGAUGUGGUGAUUGUAUAAUUUCAAGUGUUAUAUCUUUGUCAGGAGAAUCAGGCUUAGAAGCAUUCUUACCACCGUCCCCUUCUUCGAUAGCAGAGGAAAGUAAUAAUUUCAAAGAAAAUAAUCUCAACCAAAACCAUAAGGAUAAUAACCUCAAAGACAAUAAUCUCAAUAAUAACCUCAAGGAUAAUAAUCUCAAAUAUAAUAGUUUUAAGGACAACACUGAUGAUUAUAAUAGCACACAAUCAAAUGCAAUUUUUAAUUAUCGCGAAUACGCAGUAAAUCAAAUAUCUCGUUUCAAUUAUGUAAUAGGCGAUGCUUCAUUUAGUUUUGUAUUACUUAAGCACCCUCACCAAGCAUGGUAUGAAUUAAAUAAUAUUAUAAAUAAGAAUCCAUCAGUGUUUUGUAUAAAUGAUGAUGUUGAUGGAAACAACCCUAUUAUUGAACAUUUUGUAAAAAAAUUUUUGAAGUUAUAUUUUCGUCAAGAUAAUGAAUAUGAACUUGAUGCCUGGGAAAGGAAAAAAAGUUUAUGGCUGAAAUUUAAGGAGUCAAUAUUUAAAUGCAUAUCUGCUUAUGAGAAACUUGAUCAAAUAAUUCAAUUUAUCGAUAAUUUCCUUAAUAACCAUAAGAUCACUUAUCCACUCGUCAAAGAUAUCCUUUAUUUGAAGCCUACAUCUCUUUUAAUUCCUUUACAAGUAUGUCAAGCAAUGCUUGAUCUUGUUAAUCAACUUUCUUGCUUAUCUUUUGAAGAAUCAAACUCAAAUAUAUCGACCAGUGAUAAUGGUACUAAAACUAUCAUUCGUCCAAAAGCAAUAGAUCAUCUUUCUUUGGCUUAUUCUAGGAAUGGUUUUAUAUCAAAUAAUAAGAUGAUGAAGUUAAAACGUUUGGCGAAUAAAGUUAUUGUAUUUGAUGAGGUGAAACAACAAAAGUGUGGUUGGGAUAUUGUGAUUUAUGAAGAACUUGAACAUAGCACUAAGUUAGAAAAUAAACAUGUUUUUAGAGAAGUUAAAAGGUGGAAUAUAUUUUAA